AUGAAUAAAGAAGAAAUUGGAAAAUUUUUGAUAGGUAAAGGGUAUUAUCUAACAGCGUUAGAGUUUUAUCAAGAGUUAAUGGAAGAUGAUGGCACAGAAUUACAAUCGUUAAGAAAUUAUUUUAAUAAAGAGAUAACAGAAUCAAAUACAAGCGACCCAGUUCGUUCAGUUAGAGAAAAGAAAAAGAAUGAGGGUGGUAAUAAUAAUUUAUCAGCAUAUGAAAUGGAAUCGUUAAAAUCAAAGGAUGAUAAAAUUGCAUUGUUAGAAUACGAGUUAAGAAAAUGUAAAGAAGAUUUAUAUAAAACCAAGUCACAUUUAAAUACGAUCAAAGGCUCAACAACAGCAACAUCACACCAAACCCCACCUCCACAAUCAAUUAAUGUUUCAUCACCACACUCAAUAAAUGGAGCAAAUGGCAAUACUAGUCCGUUGGCAGCAAGCAGCAGUAAUGUCUUUUUAUCAUUGUCAGAAGAGGAUAAAGAUACACUAAAAGAAUUAUCCAAGGAAAGAAUUAAAGCCCAUGAAUUAAAGAUAUUAAAUUAUUUGGUCAAAGGUUAUUUAAAAAAGAAUAAUUAUACACUUACUGCAGUAUCAAUGUCUGAAGAGAUUGAAGAUGAUAUUAAUCAUUGGUCUGAUAUUAGUAAAAACAGUGCAGAGCCACCUUCCAUUUUAACAAUGUACCGUUAUUUCUUUGAAAAUGGUGACUCAGGUAUUCAAGGCGCCUUGUCAAAAUCAAUGACCGAAAUUGCAAAAUUAAAAAAAGAUAUUUUAGAAACAGAAACAAGUUUUAGAGAAUCAAAACAAAAAAUUCAAUUACUUCAAAAAGAAAAUAAUGAAUUAUUAAAUAAAAACAAAGAGUUUGAAAAGAAAAUUGAAGAGUUUAGUAGAAGAGGUUUAUUGUCUCCAUUAAGAUCAUCAUCAGCAGGAACAUCACAAAAUGAUUUAUCAGGUUCAAUCCCAUCACCAAAAUUUGGAGACUUGUCAAAUACUACCAUUACCAAUACCAACAGUACAUCAAGCACACCAAAUAAAUUAUUUGACACAAGUGGAUUAUCGAUUAUGAGAAAAACUUAUAGAAAUUUAGUAGAAAAGAGAAGACAAACAGUAGCAUUUAGAAUUGUAUCAAAUAUGGAUGAUGAAAGUGAAAUAUCAGUUAGAAUUGCCGAGGAGGUCGAUAAAAUUCGUACAUUAGAUUCCGAUAAUCAAAGUAUUGUUAAAAUUGUUGCCGAUUCAUUACCAAACAUUGUUCCAGGUGUGUUGAUUAACAAGAGAGAAGAGUUGAUCCCAUUAAUUUUAAUUGUUAUUUCGAAUCAUCCAGAUGAAACCACACGUUUCUCAUUAACCAAGUUAUUAUUCAAUCUCAUAAAGAAGCCAAACGAAGUUCAAAGACAUGUUAUAAUGAGAGGCUGCAUGGCAUUAGCAUCAUUUAUUGGUCCACAAAGAACAGAAACUGAAAUUCUAUCGCAAUGUUGGGAACAAUUAUCCGAAAAGCAUCCAGAACGUCGUGUACUAGUAGCAGAUUCAUGUGGUUGUUUAUCUCAAUUCGCAAGUGCUGAUCUUAGAUUAAGUUUAAUUUUAUCAAUUCUUCAACAAUUGGGCGAAGAUAAGAGCAGUCUUGUAAGAGAAUCCGUUGCAAAGAACUUUGCUUUAUUGAUUAACUUUUUCGAUACAAACGACAAGUAUAAUCAAAUUGAGGAAUCUUUCAAAAAGUUAUUAUAUGAUCAAGAAAUUGAAGUCUCCAUUGCAACUCGUUUACACUUUUUACCAUCACUAGCCAAUUGGACAGAUUUAUUAGAGUCGUUGCAUUCAAAAUUAGUAGCCUUCAUCCUUAAUGAAAUGCAAACAAUUUUAAAUAAAUACUACAGCCAAAAAGAUGAAUAUAAAAUACCAGAACAAGAUACUGUCAAAUUGGAUCAUUUAUUAAACUGCUUUAUGGAUUUAACACCAAGAAUUUAUCAAUCAACUAUUUCAUCAUCACCAUUUAUUUCGGAAAAAGAUUCAAACCAAAUCGAAAAUGAAUAUAAUAAACAAGAGGCAUUAUAUCAAUUCCAAAUAAAUCAAAAUAAUAAUAAUAAUAAUAGUAAUAAUAAUAAUAAAAAUCAAAACAAUAGUAAUAAUAAUAAUAACAACAAUAAUGAAGGUUCUUCAAAUAGUAGCAAUAGUCAUAAUAAAAAUAAUUCUAGUACAGUUAUAACAAAUUCAGCAAUUAGAAUUUCAAUUUUAGGUCAAAAUGAAAUGGUUAAAUUAAAUUCCCAAUUUGAAAAUUAUUUAGUAUCAACUGUAUCAAAUGAAAUAACUGGAUGGUCUUCAUUAGAGUGGAUGUCAAAUGAUUUUAUAAAUAAGUUUAUAAAGAUUAUAUCAUGCAUUCCAAUCAACAAUAGUUUGGUUAUUACAAGUUUCUCAAAGGCAUUAAAUUUAUUCUGUAAAACAUUUGGAACCGUUUUCACAAAGCGUGUUGUAAAGAAUGCAUUCAACCGUGAAUUCCAAAAAGACCCAAGAACUGACAACACUAAAAAAUAUAGAUUACUUUCAAUUUAUACAACUGGUGCAUUACAAACAUUAGAGUCCUCCGAAUUAACAUCUUUCCUCAAAGAUUUAAUCGUUCAAAUUUCAAUGGAAGAAAGAGGUUGGUCUAAAAAUGAUAAGCAAUCUCUAGUAAAAUGUAUAGAGUUACUUUGUGGAAAUGUUUUUGACAAAAAGAAAGAUGUUGCCGAACUACUUUCAGAUCUCACAGCCAAUCCAUCAAAUCAAGUCAGAUCAAAUAUAUUAGAAAUUUUAAAUGCUAUUAUUCCAUCCUUCAAGACGGAUCAGAUUGCCAACUCUGUUGUACCAUCUUUAAUCACAUUAAGUACUGAUCCAGACCGUCAAGUAAGAUUCGACUGUUUAGGCACAUUAUCAAUAGCAGUAUCAUAUUUACUCGACGAUAGCGUAAUUGAAAGAGUAGCAUUCUCCAUCGAUAGAAUUUUAGAUGAUAAAAACCAUUUGGUAGAGGUUAAAUUUGUAAACUCUAUGACUAAAAUUAUACCAACUGUCAAACCAAGAUUCAGAGACUCUUUCAUCGUACCAAGAAUCAUUGAAUUGGCUCGUAAAAAUAAUCUAGAUCCUUCAGGUCAACAAAGAAAAUCAAUGUCUCAAAGUUUAUUCGAUGCUAUUAGAGCAUAUGUUUCAGUUACAAAUGUUCCAAAAGAAUUAAUUCAAGAACAAAUUUUACCAAUGCUCAAGUUAUUAUUAAAUGAUGAUUUAAUCAGCUUACACGACCAAACAUUUAAAUCAAUGAUUCAAUCUUUAAUCAACGAUUUAGAACAAUCAUUCAAAGAAGAUUUUAAAAAUUCAAUUAGUAAAAGAAAUAUUGGUGGUUUUUUAACAGGUAAUAAUAAUAACAGCAAUAAUUUAUUAAAUAAAAUUGAAGCACCAAAUUUAGGUUUACCAAAGUGGAGUUGGAAAAAAGAUGGUGGAAAAUAA